AUGGAGGCAGAAAGAGAGGCUCUGAUGGAGACAGCGUACCCCGAGCUCCAGGCCUUUUGCCAGAAACACGGCUUGAUGUUUGAGGUCAUUGAUUUGAGAUGGGGCGUCCAGGACGCCACGGGCGCUGGCCAAGAGCCCCUCUUUCUGGAAGAGAUUCGGCGCUGCCAGGAGCUCUCGGUGGGGCCCAGCUUUGUGGCUCUCCUCGGGAGCCGCUACGGCCCCUGCCUGGCCCCCGCGACCAUCGGGGAGGAGGAAUUUGAGGCCCUGGCGGCCCAGUUGCGGCAGGAGGAGCCGCAGGCUUUGCAGAUGCUGACCCAGUGGUACCUGAAGGAUGAGAACGCCAUCCCUCCGGUGCACGCCCUCCAACGUCCCCUGCCCCACGGCGCGGAGCAGAGUUUGGUCCUGGCCCUACGCAGAGCGGCCCAGGAGGCGGAGAGGAAGGGGCUGAUUGGCCAGUAUCAGCGACUGCGCUACCACAAAUCAGAUACGCACCGGGAAAUUGAGGCACGCCUCUUGGGCUCGGGGCCGGAGGACGAAGGGGCUGCGGUGGUCUUCCUCCAAGUAAUCGAGACCUCCUCGGAUGAGGAAGAGGGCGAGGAAGAGGGCGAGGAUGCCCGUCAGAUGCUGGAGGACCUGAAGGGCACCAUCACCAGCGCCUGCCCCAGUUUGCUCAGGGUCCACCGGGUGCCCCGAGACGCGGCCCCCGGCGCCCUCCGCCCCAAGCCGCAGCCGAAACACCUCAAGGAGCUGUGCGACCAAUUUGUGGCGGUCGCCAACUACCAAGCGCUCCGGGGCCUGCGGACACGAGAAGGGCGCCCCGGUGGGGGACGCCUGCUCCAGGAACUCGGCCACCACGCCGCCCUGGCCCGGGAGCGGAGCCACAGCCCGUGCUGGCGACCAGAACUGGUGGACUCCCUCUGCCAACGCCUGAGGGACAGUCUGCCACAGUGCCACCCUCCCCUCGUGGUCCAGGGGCCGCCGGGCUGUGGCAAGACCGUUCUGCUGUGCCACCUGCGGGGGGCGGCUUGUCAGGCCCUGGGACCCGAGGCGGUGGUGGUUUUCCGGCUGCUGGGGGCAUCUCAGGCCAGCUCUGGGUGCAAUGCCCUCCUCGCCAGCCUCUGCCAGCAGGUUUGCCUGGCGCUGGGGCUGUGCCCGCCAGGCACCGGGGACCCUCUCCAGUGCUUCCACCAUGUUCUCCUCUCGGCCUCCCGCCAGGCCUCUCAGCCUCUGGUCUUGAUCCUCGAUGCCACAGAGAGUCUGGGCACCGCCUGGCUGCCGGCGGUCUGCCCUCCUGGGGUGCAGCUGGUCGUCUCUGCCCGGGACAAGGGUGGCAGUGGCGGGGCUUUCGGUGGGGACCCCUUCGUGGUGGCCCCUCUCUCUGCCAAGGAGGCUGGCAAAGCUCUGGCUGACGGCUUGGCAUCCGUGGGGCGUACCCUCCAGCCAGAACAGCAGGCCCUUUUCCAGCAAAGUUUCUCUGCUGGCGGGCAGGCGCUGCCGCUGUCCCUCGCCCUCGCCGAGGCUGGCCGGUGGGCUUCGUAUGCCCCGCUUCUGUCCCUGGCGGUCCCACUCACAGCCUCGGAGGCCAUACACCGACUUUGCGGGCGCUUGGAGGAAGCACACGGCUCCGUGUUGGUGGCGAAUGCCCUCGGCUACCUCGCUUGCACCCGGAACGGCCUCUCCGAAGCAGAGAUGAAGGAUGUCCUGUCCCUCGACAACGAGGUCCUCUCAGAGGUCUACCGGUCACACUCUCCGCCAGGCAAAGGGGUCCUCCGCCUGCCGCCCUUGCUGUGGUCCCGCCUGCGCCGGGAUUUGAACCCGGAGCUGGAGGAGAAGUGGUCCGAUGGCUUCAUGCUGAUGGGCUUCCUCCACAGGGAGUUUUUGGCCGUGGUGGAGGAACGCUACCUGCCCCGGCCAGAGGACCGUGUCCGACGCCACCUGCUCUUGGCCGACUUCUUCCGGGGGACCUGGAGUUGGGGGGCGAAGAAGCCCGUCAUGCUGCCCUCGUCCGCCAAGCCUGUGAGCGUUGACAGGAAGGUGACGCCACAGCCGUUGUGGUUCUCCAGCCACCUUCCCAACCGGAGGAAACUGAGCGAACAGCCAUUCCACCUGCUCCACGGGGGACGGAUAGAGGAGCUGCGCCGAGAUGUUCUGGGGAACAUGGCCUGGAUCUCCUGCAGGGUGGCUUCCUCUGGCGUGCAGAGCCUGGCCACGGACUUUUCCCUGUGCCUGACCCACAUCAUCUGCCCAGAGCUGCGUCUGGUACGGGAGUGCCUCCUCCUCCUCCUGGAUUGCGUUGUGGACGAUGCUGAGAGCUGUAUAGAACCAAACGUGGUCUACACAGAGAUGCUGGCCCGGUUGGAGUCGCUGGCGCCCUCAUACCCGGGCGGCCUGAUUGCGGGUCUGUGCCAGCAAUGCCGGAGCUGGCUUGGCUCGCGGCCCCAUCCGUCCCUCGUCCCUCUCGCCGGCUUCCUGUACCCACCAGACGGGCCUCUGCGGAAGACGCUGCCAGGAUUCCCCAAAGGCACCUCCGUCCUGGAAGCCAGCCCUGACCAGAAGAUGCUGCUGGCCGGCUCCCCGGACGGCUCCAUCGUGGUGUGGGACACAGAAGAUUUCUCGCUGUGCCAUGUCCUUCUCGGCCACACAGCCGAAGUGAGGUGCCUGAGGGUCUUCGCCAAGGGUACCCGUGCCAUUUCGGUUGCCCGGGAUCGAACCCUGCGACUUUGGAGCCUGGAGUCCGGCAAGGAGGAAGCCAUUGCAUCCACCGUCCCUGCGGGGGAUCAGGAAUGGUGCCAGAUCAGCGUGGAUGAGAAGCACCAAAUUGUGUACUGGGUGUCUGGCUCAGAGGUGGAGGCCUGGCACCUGGGCACAGCGGCCCCCGCUUUCCGGAUCCCGGCCGAGCCCCUGGGAGGCUGGCUGUGCGCUGCCGUCUUCGUGCCGCGGCUGGUGGUGGCGACGGUGUCGGCGGGGGGCUGCAGCGUCUGCCUGUGGGAUAGUCUCAGCGGGCAGCUCCUCUCCAGGCAGCCGCUUGGGGGGCUGCGAGAGGAGGGAGCCCCCACCUGCGGCGCUUUGCUCCGGAAAAUGGGCAGGAUGUUGUCCGGAUUCAGCGGAGGCACCCUCCUGAUGGUCUCCUCGGAGGGAAAGAGCCUAUUGGAGAAGCUCCCAGAGAGAAUCUGCUUCGUGGCGCUUUCGGAAGACGAGUCUCUUCUUGCGGCAGGCUUCGGGCGCCGUGUGCGAAUCUUCCGGCCCGACCCGACAGGCUUCCACCAAGUCCUAAACUCCGAUUUGCUGCACGAUGAGGACGUAUAUGCAGCUGCCAUCGCUGCCAACAACACCACUGUGUUCACGAGCUCUCGGAGCGAGUGCAUCUGGGUUUGGCGCCUGGCCCAGGGAGGCUGGCUGAGGGACGUCUGGGGGGACCGAGGAGCACCCGCCACCCACCUGACUCUCUGCGGCGCCCUGCUGGUGUCCGCCUCUCUCCACACGCCUUACCUCCGGGUCUGGGACCCCGGCGAUGACCCCGCGUGCAAACCGUUGCCGCCUUGCAUGGCCGACACGAAGUGCGUGGGGCUCUCCCGUGGCGGAAAAUACUUUUGCUUUCCCCGGUCCCUCGAGAGCUGCGAGCUGGUCCUUUGGGACGCGGAGGAAGCCUCUUCAGAAGAUGAGGAAGGAGAGGAACGUGAGAGGCUGGACACCUCGGCUGCCGUGCGGUGCCUGGAAGUGGCCCCCCAGAGGAACCUCGUUUUUGUGGGGCUGGCGUCUGGGACGGUGCUGGUCUUCCCCUUGGACUCGUUGCAGGACGUUGGCUGCAUCCCUCCGGCAGAGAACCGGAAGCCCGUCUGCGCCCUGGCAUUCGCCCGGAGCGAGGAGCAAGUGGCCGUGGCUUGCGAGGACCUGGUGCAGGUGCUGGACGUGGGUCGGGGGCAGCCGGGACCCCUGAUCGACCGCCCGGCCUUCUCCUUCUACACCCAGAUCCCGGGCGCCGGCAUCUCCUGCCUGGCCCUGCUAGGCGGGUACCGGGUGCUCUAUGGCAUGACCGGCGGGCAGCUGUUCCUCUACCACUGCCCCCGGGGCCAGGUGUUCGCCCUGGAAGCGCACGGAAGCAGUGGCAUCACAUGCUUACAGACCAGCCACGGGGAGGCCUGGGCGCUCAGCGGGUCGGCCGACUCUCUGCAGUGCCUCUGGGACGUGGAUCGGUGCCGCUGGGAGCAUAGGAUGUCUUUCCAAAAGGAAGAUUCCUUCUCGCAAGGCGUGCUCUGCGCCUGCUUCUCGAGGGACGACCGGCUGCUCUUCACGGCCUCGCUGGAUCAGUUCGUGACGGUGUGGGAUGUCUCCUGCGGGGCCCUGUUGGCUGUCCAGCUUGUGCACGCGAGGGUGACCAGGAUCAUGCCGACGCUGGACGGCUUUGUGGCAGCGACAAGACUCGGCUACCUCAUCCGGGAGAGGUUCCUCCGCCCACCGCCAGCCAGCUCUCGCUAUGACCCGCUGGGUGGCAUGACAGCCACGUGCAGAGUGAUGUCUCGGAGGACCGGCGGAGAGGAGGACGAGGACGGGCAGCUGGGGCGCCGGGGGGACCACGCAUCCCAGACCGGGCACAGCCACCCCAACAACAAGCUCUCGCAGAUCUGCAGGAUUGCGUAA